UUUCGAAUUAAGACGAAUGGAAUAAUAUUAAUUAAAAUUUUUAAUUGACAGUGUUGACAUAAUAUUUAUAACCUUAUUUUUUAUUUUAAAAAUAUGCGACACAAUGUUGUCAAAAUAUUCAGUUAUUCCAUGUUUUUUACGACAAUUUAGAAAUGUUUACAAAAAUCUACCAAUUCGAUACUGUAGCACGGUCGGAGAAGUUGUGGAUGAGAAAUUCAAUGCCAAGCCGGUUAUAUUAGGCCAACCAACGUCAGAAACCCAUCCACAUCUCAUAAAUGAUGGAGAAAUUGGACCUGGUAUUCAGCGCGAGGAAUAUCAAAAGAGAAGAGAAAAUUUAAUGAACAAUAUUCAUGAGUAUGUUUCGAGAUAUAAUCCUAAUACAUCUCCAUCGCCUCAUUUAAUAAUUAUUCCGUCUGCUGUAAAACAAUAUAUGUCAGAUAAAAUUCCUUAUGUAUUUCGACAAAAUUCGGAUUUCUAUUAUCUAACUGGAAGUUUAGAACCAGACAGUUGUUUAAUAAUGUACGUGAAUGGAGAUGCUCGUAAAACUACUUUGUUUGUACGGCCAAAAGAUAAGCAAUCAGAAAUGUGGGAUGGCCCUAGAACUGGUACAGAAAAUGCUGUUGAUUUGUUUGGCAUAGAUGAGGCACUGUCAAAUAGUGAUUUAGAACCUUUUAUAAAUUCACAUUUGAAACCGUCGAAAAAUAUGUUUGUUUGGCAUGAUUUUUUAAAUCCAAUUCAAAUUGAAGUUAGUAAAACAGUUAAAACUGCAUUGUCGAAAUUGGUUAAUCGACGAUGGGAAUCGCCCAUACCAUUUGUUCACAGACUUCGAGUGAUUAAAUCACCAGCAGAAAUUGCGUUAAUGGAAAAAACAUGUGAAAUUGCUUCAGAAGCAUUCAUUGAAACAAUGAAACAUUCUAAGCCUGGCUGCUCUGAACAUGAGCUGUUUGCACGAGUUGACUUCGAAAGUCGUAUGCGAGGUGCAGAAUAUUUGGCAUAUCCACCAGUAGUUGCAGGAGGACCACGUGCUAAUACUAUACACUACGUUAAUAAUAACCAAAUCGUGAACGAUGGAGAAAUGGUUUUAAUGGAUGCAGGUUGUGAAUAUCAUGGCUACACUAGCGAUAUUACAAGAACAUGGCCCGUAAAUGGUAAAUUUAGCGCAGAACAACAAAUUUUGUACGAAAUUAUUUUGGAUAUCCAAAAAGAAUUAAUUAAAUUGUGUGUUGAAUUGCCAUCAAUUGAUCAGCUAUUCGAUGAGAUGUCGACUAUGCUGGGACAAAGACUUGGUGAAGCUCAUAUCAUAUCAAAUCGUUUAUCUUCAGAAGAUAAAACUAAGAUGGCUUUCAAAUUUUGUCCUCAUCAUGUGUCACAUUAUUUGGGCAUGGAUGUACAUGACACUCCAUCAGUCUCAAGAAAAGAGAAGUUACAAUCGGGAAUGGUUAUUACAAUGGAACCAGGAAUUUACAUCCCUGAACAUUUUUAUGUACCAGAACAAUUUCGUGGUAUUGGAAUACGUAUCGAGGACGAUAUUCUAAUUACAGAAUCGGGACCCCAAGUUUUAAGUAAAAAAUGCCCCAAAGAUAUUGCAGAAAUUAAUAAGGUUGUAAAUGCACAACACUAAUGUAAAAAAACAUUCAAUAAAAUCAACCAAUCCCUUUUUAA